CGAGUCGACCACUUUUCGGUCGUCAACCAUUGUCUAGACAUUCCAGAUUCUACCAAGUUCACCAUGGCCCGAGGCAUUGAGGGUAACGAGAUUGCUACGCCGCGUGUCCCCAAACUCCAGAAAUCGACAUCCUCGGCAUCACAAUCAGCAAAGCAGCAGAAGAGCAUCUUGGGCUUCUUCCAGCGUAAGACGGCGCCUGCUUCAUCACCUGCUGCUCCCAGUGACAUUGUCGCUGCUUCGAGCCCUCCGCCUCAGUCUUCCCCUGCUCCUGCCAACUUCAACGGUAAAGAAAAUGUACCGCUAGUGAAGCCAUCCAUCCCUUCUUCAAGUCCUGUCCGCAACGGCAAGAAGAAGAUCAACUAUGCCGAGUCUGAUGACGAAGACGAGGAGCCCGUACUUCGCCAACGCUCCUCCAAUGCCACAGGACGAUCUAUCAAGAGACGGAAGCUAGACGACGACUCUGACGAUGAGUUCGAAAUGGACGACGCUACCGAGGCCCUCAUGGCUGCUGCAGACAAUGUCGAGAUGCAAGACUUUGUCGUCGAUGAUGCUUCCGAAGAUGACGCUCCCAUUAGACGUAAGAAGUCGAGUCAGCCGCGGAAGCCUUCCAAGCAACCUUCUCCAAUCGCAGAAGACGAACCAAGCCAGAGUCCCGAAAUUCCUUCCACAUCAACCGCCCAACAAUGGAACUUUGACCCUGACAAUGUCGAGCCAUAUGCAUCCAGAAAGACCCCUCAACGCAAGCCACAGUCAGGCCCUGCGAAGAAGCAAAAGGCCCACAUGUCCGAACCCGAUUCACGUUAUCCUUGGCUGGCCGAUAUCAUGGACGCAGACCGCAACAAGCCUAGUAGCCCAGACUACGACCCGCGUACCUUGUAUAUUCCUCCUUUGGCCUGGUCAAAGUUCUCGCCCUUCGAGAAGCAAUAUUGGGAGAUCAAGUCAAAGUUCUGGGACACAAUCGUCUUCUUCAAGAAAGGCAAGUUCUACGAACUGUACGAAAACGAUGCCACUGUUGGUCAUCAGUUGUUUGACCUGAAAAUGACCGAUCGUGUCAAUAUGCGCAUGGUCGGUGUUCCCGAGGCCUCACUCGAUCAUUGGGCCAACCAAUUCGUUGCCAAGGGCUUCAAAAUCGCCAGAGUUGACCAGAUGGAGACCGCUCUCGGCAAAGACAUGCGUGAGAGAGAUGAAAAGACUGGUAAAGGCGGUAAGCCCAAGAAGGAGGAGAAAGUCAUUCGUCGCGAGCUGGCCUCGGUCUUGACUUCUGGAACUCUCACCGACGGUGGUAUGCUGCAGGACGACAUGUCAACUUACUGUGCUGCCAUCACUGAACGCGAGGUCGAUGGACUACCUGCCUUUGGUAUUGCUUUCGUCGACACUGCAACGGCUCAAUUUCAGUUGUGCGAUUUUGUCGAUGAUGUUGACAUGACCAAGUUUGAGACGUUCGUUGCUCAGACAAGACCGGGUGAACUGCUUCUUGAGAAGUCAUACAUCUCGUCCAAAGCCGUACGUAUCCUGAAGAACAACACUAGCCCCACGUGUCUUUGGAACUACCUCAAGCCGGACAAGGAAUUCUUGACUGCCGACAAAACCGCGCUCAAGAUUACAGGAGAACACUAUUUCGAGUCUGAAAAGGACAGUGGUGAUGAUGCCUGGCCUACCUUGCUCAGGGAAGCCAGAGAGAAGGAACUGUGUUUCUCUGCCCUUGGUGCUCUAAUCUGGUACCUUCAGACACUCAAAAUUGAGCGUGAUCUGAUCUCGCUUGGCAACUUCGAUUGGUAUGACCCGAUAAGAAAGGCGACCAGUCUUGUGCUUGAUGGACAGAGCUUGAUCAACCUUGAGAUUUUCGCCAACAGUUACGACGGUGGUGUCGAGGGUACGCUUUUUGCUAUGCUCAACCGCUGCAUCACGCCGUUUGGCAAGCGUAUGCUCCGUCAGUGGGUCUGCCAUCCUUUGGCAGAUACCGCCAAAAUCAACGCUCGGCUCGACGCUGUGGAGGCACUGAACGCCGAUCUCACCAUCACAGACCGCUUCACCGCAUCUCUAUCCAAGAUCCCUGAUCUCGAGCGUCUCAUCUCGCGCGUCCACGCAGGCAGAUGCAAGGCCUCAGAUUUUGUCAAGGUACUGGAAGGCUUUGAGCAGAUAGAGUACACAAUGAGCCUUUUGUCAGGCUUUGGUGAGGGCGAAGGUGUCCUUGGACAACUCAUAUCAUCGAUGCCCGACCUAGCUGGAACCCUGGCUCACUGGACUGAUGCUUUUGAUCGCGACCAGGCCAAAGAACAGAAUCUUCUUGUACCUCAAGCAGGCGUCGAGGAAGACUUUGAUGAAAGCCAAGGCACUAUCGAUGAAAUCGAAGGCAAGCUGCAGUCUCUCCUCAAGCGUUGUCGCGACGAGCUGGGAACAUCUGCUGCCAAGUAUACCGAUAACGGCAAGGAGAUCUACCAGAUUGAAGUCCCCAUCAAGACAAAGAAUGUGCCCAAGAAUUGGAAGCAAAUGUCCUCGACUGCCAAAGCAAAGCGCUAUUACUUCCCCGAGCUGGAGAGUCUCAUUCAAGACUUGAAGGAAGCACAGGAAACACACGGACAGAUUGUCAAGCAAGUUGCUGGUAGAUUCUACGCCCGCUUUGACGAAGACUAUGCAAUCUGGCUUGCUGCUGUCAAGAUUGUUGCUCACCUUGAUUGUCUGAUUUCUCUGUCCAAGGCAUCAGCCUCGCUUGGAGAGCCUAGUUGCAGACCAGAGUUUGUCGAGUCUGAACGCAGUGUCCUUGAGUUCUCCGACCUUCGUCACCCAUGCAUGCUCAAUACGGUCUCGGACUUCAUCCCUAACGAUAUUGCUCUUGGUGGUGAUAACCCGAGCAUUGAUCUCUUGACAGGUGCCAAUGCAGCUGGUAAGAGUACCGUCCUGCGUAUGGCUUGCAUUGCUGUUAUCCUGGCCCAGGUUGGCUGCUUUGUGCCUUGCGUUGCAGCACGUAUGACCCCCGUCGAUCGCAUCAUGUCGCGUUUGGGAGCCCAUGACAACAUUCUGGCUGGCCAGAGUACAUUCAUGGUGGAGCUGAGCGAAACGAAGAAGAUCUUGUCUGAAGCCACUCCUCGUUCGCUGGUCAUUCUUGACGAACUGGGUCGUGGUACGAGCAGUCACGAUGGUGUCGCUGUUGCACAGGCAGUUCUUCAUCAUGUCGCUACGCACACUGGCUGCCUCGGUUUCUUCGCUACUCAUUACCACUCGCUCGCUGCAGAGUUCAGUUCGCACCCUGAGAUCUCUCCCAAGCGUAUGGCGAUCAUGGUCGACGACACUGAGCGUCGCAUUACUUUCCUGUACAAACUCGAGGCCGGUGUGGCAGAGGGCAGUUUCGGUAUGCAUUGUGCAGCCAUGUGCGGUAUCCCAGAUGCUGUUAUUCAACGUGCGGAAGACGCAGCAAAGGAAUGGGAGUACACUGGACGUCUUCAGGUACGUGCGGAAGAGCGCAAGGAGGGGGAACUGCCUCUUGGUUUGUUGAGUGAUAUUGCAUGGAUGCUCAAGACCGCCGAUAACGAGGUCCCCGAGGGUGAGCAAUGUAUCGGUGAGCGUGGUCUUGAGGUGUUGAGGAGAACGAUUGCUGCCUUGUAAAUAUGGGUGGGAUGAAUGAUCAUUGCUUGAGCGAUUUGCUAGGUGCUUGGGAAUGAGUUGAGCGUGUUUUUGCUAGAUAGAUUAAUGAUGAGAUCACGAAACGAUUGCUUUUCCU